UUCCCAAUCCCACACAACGCUUCUUCCACAUCUCCACCAAAUUCCAACUGCUCAGCGAGGCAGCGGCGGCGAGGUUUCGGUGAUGUCGGGGCGCGGCAAGGGCGGCAAGGGGCUGGGGAAGGGCGGCGCCAAGCGCCACCGCAAGGUGCUUCGCGACAACAUCCAGGGCAUAACCAAGCCGGCGAUCCGGAGGCUGGCGAGGAGGGGCGGCGUGAAGCGCAUCUCCGGGCUCAUCUACGAGGAGACCCGCGGCGUGCUCAAGAUCUUCCUCGAGAACGUCAUCCGCGACGCCGUCACCUACACGGAGCACGCCCGCCGCAAGACCGUCACCGCCAUGGACGUCGUCUACGCGCUCAAGCGCCAGGGCCGCACCCUCUACGGCUUCGGAGGCUAGACAACAUCCGAUAGUGUUGGCGUAGUAGUAGUGGCACCGCGUCGUGGUAUCCAUGUAUGUUGAUGUGUCUGAUCUGGUCAAGGGUUUGUGUUCUUAGGCGUUGCUGUUUUCCGGGUUCCGACUUCUGGUUGACUGAAUGUAAUACCUUGUUAUGUUCAAUCAAACCUUGCUUAUGAC